AAAUCCUCGACUCUCAUCGUUGUUAUCACUUAUUGGACUUUCGUCAUCAUGGCCACGACAAACGGCGAUUCUGCUGCACCCCGUCUAUCUCUGAAUGAUUUACGAUUGGCCGAGUCCGCUCCUGCAUCUUCUACCCCUACCCUUGAUGAGGCGUCUGAGAGAAACUCGAACGACGGCCCUGUCCAUCCUAAUCCACCUCUAUGGCCACAUCGUCUCUCAGCAUCCUUUUCUGCAAUGGCUGAGCAGAUCGCCGCUACUUCAGCUUUCACCACGACAGAACAACCUCCGGAAAUCAAUGUACUCAAAUCUCGCUUGGAUGAUAUAGAAAAAACGCAGCAGCGUAUGAGUGCAGAAUUUGAAGCAUUGAAAAUUCAAUUUACGCACUUGGACACGGAGAGUGGACCGUCACGAGAAGAUCUGGACAAAAAGAUCGCUGAUCUUACUGAGAUAGUGAAAGCAGAUCAGUCUCGACUGUACUCGCGACUACACAAUUCUCGCUGCACAGUUUUGAAGACGAAGAUCAAGGCACCUCCAACCGCUAACGGGAAGCCGCCACCGAAUUUUCCGGCUACGAGAGGAGAAUUUGAGCACGUCACGAAAGAGCGCUACGAAGCGAUUUUGAAGGCAUACGGCUUGCCUAUCAAAGGUGAUACAGACGCCAAACGAGAGGCCGUUCGGGUAUAUGUUGGUUUGCCAGAGGAUAACUGAGUUAGGAAUGGUUCAAUGUAGACAUGGAACUUUGCACGGAUGUCCCUUUCACGCUUCUGCCACCCGCGUACGCUUUCCGAAUUUAUCAUGGGCGCUCGAUCCGAUGCCUGCUUUGAUCAGCUGAAUGGCCUCGCCUAAGAUUAAUUUCCAUAACCUACUUGUAGCCCUCCCAUUC